UGCUUUGUGUAUCAUAAGGGGCAAGUUUUAUGCAAUGGGCUAUUGCAUUGACUCAACACUUGCUGAGGUUACAAGGGCUAGUGUACAUAGUCAUAGGAUAUUAAGAAAUACUGUCGGUGACAAGGGCUCUGUGAUUUCCUGUAUUUCGUAGGAAGGCUAUAUUAAAGUUGUGCUGUGUACGUUGUGACAUCUUGCUCCUCAACCUUGCAGAUGUGCGGAUCGUGUUUAGUCUACUCACUAGGCCUGCUGUUCAUGUGCUAGAAUAAAACGCGUGUCAUUUCGCUUGAUAGGUUUGCUUUGCGGGCCACAACGACACCGUUGAACUUGACAAUGAAGGAGAAAACACGCCAUCGCGCUAAGAUCCACUGGAUAUCAACAGCAGUAACAGCUGGAGUAAUUCUGCUGAGUUUGUUUGCAUGGUCUUGUCAUGCAGAAGAAGCGUCUUGCCACGGAGCUUACGAUUUAUACUUUGUUUUAGAUAGGUCAGGAAGUGUUUCUAACGACUGGGGUGAAAUCUAUGCUUUCGUGAAGAACCUUACUGACCGAUUUGUGAGCCCCAGCAUGAGGGUUUCCUUUAUAGUGUUCUCAUCUUCAGCCAAAGUGAUGUUACCUCUCACUGGAGACAGAUAUGAAAUCCAGGAAGGCCUGGAGAGACUGAGAGAGGUGAAGCCAGCAGGGGAAACCUACAUGCAUGAAGGGAUUAAAGCGGCAAACGAUCAAAUCAAAGCCCAAACCACCAAGUCCUCCAGCAUCAUCGUAGCUCUGACGGACGGAAAGCUAGAUGUCUACAUAUACGACUUAACAGUUCAAGCGGCAAACAAAUCGAGGGACUACGGUGCUCGAGUGUACUGUGUUGGUAUCAAGGACUUUGACGAACAACAGCUAGCCAAGGUAGCUGACACCAAAUAUCAAGUGUUCCCCGUCAAAGACGGCUUCCAUGCACUCAAAGGCAUCGUAAAUUCAAUAUUAAAGCAGUCCUGUACAGAGAUCCUGACAGUAGAGCCUUCCAGUGUCUGCGUUAACGAGUCGUUUGACAUCGUGCUGAGAGGGAACGGCUUCUCCGUGGGACGAGGCAACGACAGGGUCGUCUGUAGCUUUAAAGUUGGCACGAAGACAUACAAUCAGAAGCCAAGUGUUGUGCUGAAUGAUUAUCUCCUGUGUCCUGCGCCGGUGCUGUAUGAAGUCGGACAGUCGAUGGAUAUCCUGAUCAGUCUGAACCAUGGAAAGUCCUUCAUCUCUAGUGCCUUCACCAUCUACGCCACAACAUGUUCGAACGGCUUCGCGGUAGCCAUAGUCUUCCUGGUGCUGUUGUUACUGGCAGCCUUAGCAGCUGCAUGGUGGUUCUGGCCUCUCUGCUGCACUGUGGUCAUUAAACCUCCGCCUCCUCCUCCUCCUCCCUUCCGGCCUCCGCCACCCGAGCCAGAGGAGGAUGACCCCUUGCCCAAGAAGAAGUGGGCGACUGUAGACGCCUCGUACUAUGGAGGGAGAGGGGCUGGAGGGAUCAAACGCAUGGAGGUGCGUUGGGGAGAGAAGGGCUCUACAGAGGAAGGGGCGAGGCUGGAGAAGGCUAAGAAUGCGGUAGUGUCUGUUCCUGAGGAGGUGGAAGAGCCCAUGAUGGCCAAACGGGCCCCCAAACCCACCCCCACAUACCACCAGCACCCGGAGUCCAAAUGGUACACCCCUAUAAAGGGUCGUCUGGAUGCCCUGUGGGCUUUACUGAGGCGGCAGUAUGACCGAGUUUCCCUCAUGAGACCGACCACUGCAGACAAGGGGAGAUGUAUUAAUUUCAACCGAGUGCAGAACGGUUAGAAGACGAACACAAGGAAGACAUCUUCAACAUACAACAUACAAAUAUGUUUUUGAAGACCUAAUAUCCAAAAGACUAUAGCGUCCAAAACCAUUUGCUUCUCUCAGUUUUGUGCACAAAGGGGAAUCUCUUCUCCAUGAUGUCUCCUGCCGUCUCAAACAGCGUCUUACUCAUAAGAACAUUUUCAUAUUUCCAUUCUUCCAUAACAGGGAUAUGACUUUAUAUUUUUCUACUUGUCCUUUUUAUUUCACAAGAGGCCAAAGCAAAUAAACAGUUGCGGCACAAAACGUGGCCAAUCGGAUCCAGUUAGCUUUUUGUGCGCACUAAAGGCUUAACAUAUUCUGACCAUAUUGCGCCUUCUGUGGAGAACCUCAUUUCAUGGACACAGAUGGAAGCUAUCUAAAAAAAAAUAAACAUGCAGAGCGAGAGAGCUGGUGAGGCUGUGUGCCGUUAGCGUGUCAAUAGGAGUACUCCCAGAGAGAGUGAGGCUGUGUGCCGUUAGCGUGUCAAUAGGAGUACUCCCAGAGAGAGUGAGGCUGUGUGCCGUUAGCGUGUCAAUAGGAGUACUCCCAGAGAGAGUGAGGCUGUGUGCCGUUAGCGUGUCAAUAGGAAUGCUCCCAGAGAGAGUGAGGCUGUGUGCCGUUAGCGUGGCAAUAGGAAUACUCCCAGCAGGCCUCAACACAGUGCACAAGUCCAUCGCCUCUUGGCAACGUCUCGUCACAAAGCCUCCCCAACUCCUCUCCAUCCACCAUCGUUGAAAGCUGCCCGGCGGGACCCCCUUUGACUGGAGAUCCUGUCAUUUUAACACUGAGAAGUGCACACGCAUGACAAACUGUGGACAGCCCAGGACGCCCUAAGGUAUUGGAAGCAGUAGCUAAGACAGUGCCCUUUAGUUUUGUGAAGACACCUUUCUUUCAUUAUGCACUGGGGACAAGGGGAGUUACUGGAGCGUUAUCCCACCGCGGGCCUGGCCGGUCCGGGACAGGACAGCCCCUCUGACCAGACCACCACAACUCUCCACUCCGACUACGUUUGAAGGAUGGGCGCCUAAAGCCCGUAUUCCCCCCUGUUUUGAUGCAUUCUGCUGUAUGCUCACUAAGGCGUACAACAUCACAACCCAUAAACCUGCCAGUCAGUCAGUUGAAGAGUUUUAAGAUAUAGAUACAGCUGUCUCCCACUCCCCUCCGUCUCCAGUCCUCCAAGGGCCUCCCUGCCUCUACCCAUCCCUUCUGUCUCCAGUCCUCCAAGGGCCUCCUUGCCUCUCUCCAGUCUCAGCCCUUUAGCUUCGGCAGCAGAAUAUCAAAGUUUAAUUAAAAUAAUUAAAGGGAACAGCAAGCAGCAGCCUGUGAAGAGUUGAUCGUCUUUUUUUUAUGCCUUUUGACAUUGAAUGACCUGUAACUGUAUGUGAAGAGAAAGAACCCACUCCAUCCUGUCUCCUUGGCGACGGUUUGGUGCACCCUAGCUGUCCGAAACCCAAACGCAAAACCAAGGCAACGGAUGCGACGGACGGAUAAGUAUUGUUCAUUUCCAGAAAUUAUGUUACCAAGCCUCGCACGCGUCGCCCCACCACCAAAAAAAAAGCGGUAGUAUAUAUAUAUAUAUAUAUAUAUAUAUAUAUUUGUUGUGGAUUUCUCAAGCGCGCUGUCAUGACACCAAUCCCAAAUGAUGUCAGCGAGAGGGGAGCACUGUGGGGGAGGAAAGACAGCAGCUGAAGAGAAAAGGCUCCAACGAUCCAGUCACUUUGGAUACGGUACUUCAGAUGCAAAAUGGAUAUUCGAGUCGAAACCUGACAAAGCGCGCCCGGUUUUGAUGGGAACCGGUAUAGACAAUGACCAGUGGCUGGGUCAGUGGGAUGUCUCUGCGCAACCAGGGAAGCUUAUCAAAUGACACUAAAAAUAAGUUCAACAACCAUCAAGUUUCAAAGGGGGGAAUGGGCCUGGAUUUUCACGUUUUGGUGGGCAUGCGAGUGUGCGAGACGGGGUUGGGCGCGCACGUCGUCUCUGACUUAAUUAUUCCUUUGUUUUGUUAUCUGGGUGGACAGGAAGGGACAGGGAUGACGCUGAUGGUCAGAUACAAUCCUGAUAUAAUUUUUCAUACACAUUUUUAGUCUCUUGCUUAAUCUUCUGCGUUACAUUUUAGUAGGAUAAUCAGCUUCGUUUUAAAGAUGAACUGUAGAAGAGGAUAUUUAACAGUUUUUAUAUUUGCUUGUGAUGUUACAUCUGAGAGCCCAGAGCAGCUAUUAACGCAUACUAAUGAGUUAUUUGCAUACCGACCCAAUCACAGCUCUCCACCCUGACAACGCUUCACAUUGGCUUUAGAUGCCCUCUCUUUCCCCUGGUCUCAAAAUGUUCCACGGCGAGAUCACAUUUGUUACUCUUUAUAAAUAAAACAUAUUAACAUUAUUGAUAUUUUUUAAUAUGACAGUGCCCUUUGCCAAAUAUGCCUUUCCUUAAAAAUAUAUUUAUUUGUUAUUUUUUGCACUUUUUUAUUUUGUUUUUUUUGUGGAAUUCAAUUGUGAGAUGCCCCAAAAAUGCCUUUUUUUCCCCUCCCGCAUAAGCUAAAAGUUGGUUUGAAUGUAGUCAUUUCAGUAUAAACAUUUUCAAACCCAA